AUGGCUGGGGUCCUGACGAACUCGGUAGACGAUGCUCUCGAAUGGCUUGAAGAUGUAGCCAAAGCUGGAGCUCAGUGGGGCCUUGUGCUUGUUCCUGGGUAUUUCGGUGGGGCUGCAAACCAGGAGAACCUGAAGGAGUGGUACAGAUUGGUCGCAGAUUCAAGCCCGAUUCCGAUACUUAUAUACAACUAUCCAGGAGUCACGAAUAACAUUAUGGUCAGCCUCGAGACUUACACCGAACUCGCGGCCCACCCUAACAUUGUUGGCUGCAAAAUGUCCCACGGAAACGUCUCGCAUCACUUGCAAGUCUCUUUGGACCCAGCCAUCGACCACGAAAACUUCCGUGUAUACAGUGGAUUUGGACAACAGCUAGGCCCAAUCGUCUUGUUUGGAGCGGCAGGCGUUAUUGAUGGUCUCGCUGCGAUAUACCCCGCUACGGUAUCACGGCUUUUCGAGCUCUCCAUAAAGCGCCCUGUCGAGCCAGAUAACUUGAAGGAAAUACAAAGGUUACAAUUUAUUGUCAGUCGGGCUGAAGAGUUUGUAGGAAAGUGGGGAAUAGUUGGAAUCAAGGAGGGCGUAUAUCAGGUUUUGAAGAUGGGAAACUUGCAAGGUGGAAGGUUGCCUUUGAAGGGACGUAUUCCAGAGGGGGAGUGGGAAGCAUGGAGUGUUGCUACAAAUGCAAUGAAGGAGAAUGAGGUGGUUUUAGAAAAGAAGUAG